AUGAACUAUGGAGCCGGACCGUCACAACUACCAUCUUCUUCUUCUUCUUCUUCUUCUUCUGACGACGAAAUAUGGUCUCAGUACAUUAAAGAUUGGGAGGAAGAUAUGACACAAUGGGAGAAGGAAGAUGAACUCUUAGCUCGCGUACAUGCCUCUAAUAGUAAAAUAAUGACUUAUCUCUCUCAAGAGGCAGAGCGGCCAAAGCGUAUUGGCUCAGUUCCUGGUCAUUUGGUGAUCAAUCGCGGGAGGGAAGAAGGUAAUUCUCGACUUUACCAUGACUAUUUUUCUGAUAACCCUACAUAUGGUGCAAACCUAUUCCGUAGAAGGUUCCGGAUGCACAGGAGUUUAUUCCUUCGUAUAGUUGAGGCGGUACGUGAUCAUGACAACUUCUUCGUACAGAAGAUGGAUGGUGUCGGCAAACUUGGGCUAUCAACUUUACAAAAAGUUACAUCGGCAUUUCGCAUGUUGGCGUAUGGAACAUCAGCAGAUAGUACUGACGAAUAUGUUAGGAUCGGUGAGUCAACUGCAAUUGUGUGUUUAAAGAGAUUUUGCAGAGCAACUGUAGAAGUAUAUGGAGAUGAAUAUCUGAGGACUCCCAAUGUCGACGAUGUUGCAAGCAUGGGCAGGACAAUACUCAGGUCGUCAUGGAGGUCCAACCAUUAUUCUUGA